CAUAGCGUUUAGUUAUUCUUGAUAAUGGACAUACAUAUAAACCUAUCAUAAUUCAUAUUUCGUCGAUAAUGCGAUUACUUCUUCAAUGUCGGUAAUGCUGUGCAGCGCCGCUGGCUACAAAUUAAACGACUGCGACUCCAAACGGCGUUUAAAUUCGUCGACUUCAUAGUCUAGACUCGGGUGGAAAAAAAUGUUUUUGUUUGUUUAUUUUGUGUUAAUUUCGCUCAAAAUAGAAUAAUUAAUAAAUCUAAUGAUCAAAAUAAAACAUCAAAAUAAACUCGCGCUACACGAAGAUAAUGAAAACAACAAUGAAUUUAUAUAAGUAAGGCAAUAUACACGAAAGAAGAGUAAAACAACACCAACAAAUUAUAAAUGAAAUGUGUGUGAAAAAAGCGCAGUUUCUUGUUUGUCGUCUCUAUAUUUAACCAAACGUCAUCGUUGCCAGCAACAGAAGGGAGCUUCAUAAUCCAGUGGGCCAAUAGCAACAACAACAACACACAGCUAAUAAACUAUCAAAAAAAAGUUGGUACGUAGUGAUUAGCGGUCAGGCAAGUUGAUGCCCUCUUCGAAAUAGAUAAAUACAAGGAAGGAGUUUUUUUUUACACGCCGCAGCCAGUAGCCGUUGCGGCCACUGCCAAUCACUGUGCGUGUGAAAUGAGGGGCAAUCGUCAAAAUACCCCCGAUAUGGAUAUUGAAGAUGUGGAAUCGUCAUCACAGGACAUUGAUAUUCCCACAAAAGAGAAGUCAGCCAAGGAAGCGCUGCAGACGUAUCUAACACGAGCUAAACUAAAUCCGGCCAAAACAGAUAAUGAGAAGAGACGGCGCAAGGAUACAAUUCGUAAAAUUUAUUCCAUCUAUAGAAAAUGUGAAACAACGCAUACGGCUGAAGAACGUCGUCUGUUGGAAAAGCAUCCUGAAAUUGUCAAACAAGUCAAGAAGCGUAGAGAACGUGUAGAAAUUUACAAAGAACGUGUCAUAGAAAAAGAGGAUGACAUCGAAGUUAUUGAAGGCAAAAUUGAAGAGUUGGCCAGUAUUAUAUUGCAAGCCAAACAUUUGGUCUGUUAUACAGGUGCCGGCAUCAGUACUGCCGCCCUAAUACCCGACUACCGAGGCAGCAAAGGUAUUUGGACUCUUCUGAAAAAGGGUGAAGACAUCGGAGAACAUGAUUUAUCUGCAGCUAAUCCCACAUAUACUCAUAUGGCCCUAUAUGAACUGCACAGGCGAGGUAUCUUACGUUAUGUUGUUUCACAAAAUUGCGAUGGUUUGCACUUAAGAUCAGGUCUGCCGAAAUCUUCACUAUCCGAAAUUCAUGGAAACAUGUACGUUGAAGUGUGUAAACACUGUAAACCCAACUCUGUGUAUUGGAGACUUUUUGAUACCACCGAAAUGACUGCUCGUUACUGCCACAAAACGAAUCGUCUAUGCCACAAGUGUUCCGAGCCCUUAUGCGAUACAAUUGUGCAUUUUGGAGAGCGUGGUAAUUUAAGAUGGCCCCUCAAUUGGGCUGGCGCCUGUCAGCAUGCCGAAAAAGCCGAUGUUAUUCUAUGUUUAGGAUCAAGCUUAAAGGUGCUAAAGAAAUACACUUGGCUAUGGCAAAUGGAUAAACCUCCGCGGCAAAGGGCGAAAAUUUGUAUUGUCAAUUUGCAGUGGACGCCGAAAGAUAGCUUGGCCCAAGUGAAAAUAAAUGGCAAAUGUGAUCGUGUGAUGGAAUUGCUAAUGAAACAUUUGAAAAUACCUGUGCCAGUCUAUAGCAAGGAGAAGGAUCCGAUUUUUGCUCACGCCACACUGCUCAUGCCAGAAGAAUUGCACACACUCACUCAACCCUUGUUAAAACAAACAAAAGAUGACGAUGAAAAAGACGAGACUGGCACACAAUCUAGUUCAGCAACUACGGCAGCCGAAGAAACACAAGAUUCAGCAAUGAGUUGUGAUGAUAGUUCCGGAACGGGCACUGCGACCGAGUAUCGUAUUGGUAAGGGGCCACGUAUACGGACACCUCUGAAACAAAUGGGUUCAAGGAUAAAAACCAACUUAGAGUUGAAAAAUAAAGUUAAGCAAGAAUUAAAAGUAGACUCAACAGCAGAUUGUGUGAAAUCUGAGCCAAAAGCUGAGGAAGAAGGCAAGAAAUCAGACGCGUUGACGGCGAAGGCAACUGCAAACGAUUUCUCUGGCAUACUUCAAACAAAACAGUAUUCAUAUGAUUCCUCUUCGGUGGUGGGGACAAACGCCAUAAAAUCCGAAAGUACAACACAAUCCCAAAGUGAGUUAGCAAACUCUUCGUCAAAGCUAAUCAAACUAGAAGAUAUUGUGUCAAAAAUUGCAAUGAACAAUAAUACUCAAAUCAUUGCCACCACAAAAUCCAAUAUAAAGACUGAGGAAAAGCUGAAUGGUUUUGUGAAAACAGAACAUGAAACAACAACAACAAAUGGUCUUUGUAUGGAGCUAAGAGUUGAUACAAUGUCAAACACUAAAGCUACAUUGACAAGUCCUCCGUUAGUGCCCAAAAUUGAACCAGAUUUACUUAAUGGUUUAAGAAAUAAGGGGUUUUCAGUGGAAAUUAAAACCGAGAAUCAUCCUGGAAAGGGCUCAAAAACUAAUUCAUCUGCCUCGCAUACAACAGACCUUCACAGUCCAAAAAAAGAAAUAAAAAUUGAGUCACCUUUGAAACUGGAACCCAACAGUGAGGUGCUCGCUGAGAUAGCUGAACUUCAUAAGAGCGAACAAAUGUUAAUUAAACAAGCCACUGAAUUGACUAAUAGCACGGAGGAGUUCUUGGAAAAAUUGGGCAAUCAGAUGGGUAUAAAAAAUCCUACCUUUACAGAUGAGCCCAAAUUGGUUUUGGUCCAUACCGAUAAUGGUUUGAAUAAGUUAAAUAAUGGCCUUAAAAUCCACAAUACCUCGAAUCAAAUCGAAAAAAUUCCAGGCAAAAGCCUAGAGCCAACCACAACCACCACCACAGUAUCUCCGCAGAGCAAUUUUCCCUUGCACAUUUUAAAGAAAUUGCCUAAAUGUAUACAGGUGCAAUUCAAAACGGAUACAGGUUUAGAAUCACAGCCAUUUAAUGGUCUAAAAAACAGCGCCAACAAUAAAAUGGCAACAACGAUCAGUGUAAAAGAGCCCCCACCCUUGGCACCCAUACAAAAAUCACCUGUUCCAAAAUUGGUGCCGAAUCCUAGAAUAGUACAAGUGCAAAAUAUGACAGCAGCUUUAGAUGAAGAAACACUGUCGGCCGACGAAAAGCCACCCGAAGACGAAGAGGUCGAGGAACAUAUCGAAUCACAAAUGGAUAUUUUAAGAAAUAUGUCUUUAUCAUCACCCAAGAAACUGGGUACUGUCACCACCAGCACCACAUCAACACCUCAAAGAAGACCAUGUCUGAUACGUAAAUUACCAUUGUGGUAUGAUGUCCGUUAUGCCUAUUCUGGUCUUCAUAGCAUAGUAUUCCCACCGCCCGAUGAUCUCAAUAUUUGGGAUUUCCAAGUUGUGCCCAAUUUCGCCAUGAAUCGUUCAGCGGCGCGUUGUGAUUUCUGUUUUGACCAAUAUGCCGAAUUCGAAUGUCAAUUUUAUAAGAAAUUCCAUCUGAACGAACGUAAGCAUAAAAAGAGAGCACGUAAUGGUCGUUUUGUGCUCUGUGAUUGCUGUUCGUACACCGACGAAUAUGAUGAGGACGAUUACGAUGAGAAUAUAUCACUGGCCCACAUUGCGGCGGCCGAAACAGCCAAACGACAAUUGCAUUUGAAUAAUACAUUUCCACGUAAACUGGCACGUACACAAGCCGGUUGGUACGGCAAAGGUUACAAAAAGAAUCGGAGAAGAAAGUAGUCUACAUACAUAUAUGCGUACAAUAGAGAAAGUAAUCAAUAGGAUAAGAAACAUUUUGGCAGGCAAUACAGUCACUCUCUGAUAUGAUACAGAAAGAGAUUCGAAAUAAAAAGUAAACAAUGCCAGAUUUAGGCUUCCAUCAUUGCGAUUCUUUUGUAAUACUGAUACAUAGUUUAGCAUGUAAGUUUAGUUUUUUUUUGUUCACCUGUAAAGACUUGUAUGUUUUAGUUUCUGUUCUUUGUAUAUAAAUCGGGGAUAUAUUUUAUGCGUGUUCUAUUUAUUACUUACUUUGUAAUAUUUCUUGGGUCCUCAGUAUCUUAAGUAUUUAUAUAGACAUCCAUAUAUAUAUAUAUAUAUAU